GGGAGGUUGGAGACGUCACCGCGGAGGGACACGUGUGCGGAAGCGGCGGCCGCGGGCAGGACCCGCCACGAUGCUGAAAGCCGUGAUCCUCAUCGGGGGGCCGCAGAAGGGCACCCGCUUCCGGCCCUUGUCCUUCGAGGUCCCGAAGCCGCUGUUCCCGGUGGCCGGCGUGCCCAUGAUCCAGCACCACAUCGAGGCCUGCACCAAGGUGCCCAACAUGAAGGAGAUCCUGCUGGUGGGCUUCUACCAGCCCAACGAGGCGCUCAGCCACUUCCUGGUGUCGGCGCAGCAGGAGUUCAAGAUCCCCAUCAGGUACCUGCAGGAGUACGCGGCGCUGGGCACGGGCGGGGGCCUCUAUCACUUCCGCGACCAGAUCCUGUCGGGCGGCCCCGAGGCUUUCUUCGUGCUCAACGCGGACGUGUGCUCCGAGUUCCCGCUGCCCGAGAUGCUCACCUUCCAGCGGCAGCGCGGCGGCACGCCCGCCUUCGUCAUCCUUGGCACCACGGCCAACAGGAAGCAGUCCCUGAACUACGGCUGCAUCGUGGCCAACGCCGACACGCACGAGGUCCUGCACUACGUGGAGAAGCCCAGCACGUUCGUUAGCGAGGUCAUUAACUGCGGCAUCUACCUGUUCACGCCCGCCAUCUUCCAGCACAUCGGCGAGGUCUUCCAGAGGAACCAGCAGGAGCUGCUGCUCUAUUCUUGCGUCGGCGAGGAGACGUCCAAUGGGUGGCAGCGCGCCGAGGUGAUCCGGCUGGAGCAGGAUGUCUUCACCGCGCUGGCCGGGCGCCACGCGCUCUACGUCUACAAGACUGACGGCUUCUGGAGCCAGAUCAAGUCGGCCGGCUCUGCCAUCUACGCCAACCGCCUCUACCUGAGCCAGUACAGCCAGUGCCACCCUGAGAGGCUGGCCUGCAACCAGCCGGGGGGGCCCACCAUCCGAGGAGACGUGUACGUCCACCCCACAGCCGCCGUGGACAGCAGCGCCGUGCUGGGCCCCAACGUCUCCAUUGGGAAGGGGGUGACGGUGGGGGCCGGUGUGCGGCUGCGUGAGUCCAUCAUCCUGCACGGCGCCUCGCUCCAGGAUCACACGUGCGUGCUCAACAGCAUUGUGGGCUGGGACAGCACCAUCGGGCGCUGGGCCCGGGUCGAGGGGACACCCAGUGACCCCAACCCCAAUGACCCCUAUGCCAAGAUCGACAGCGAGACCCUCUUCCGGGACGGCCGCCUCACACCCUCCAUCACCAUCCUGGGCUGCAAUGUCACCAUCCCCGCCGAGGUCGUGAUCCUCAACUCCAUCGUCCUGCCCCACAAGGAGCUGAGCCGCAGCUACAAGAACCAGAUCAUCCUGUGAGGGGUGGCUGCAGCCAGAGGACCUGGCCCGGGCCCUGCCACCCUGCCCUGGCACCUGCUGCGGUAGAGACAGGCAUUAAAGCUGCAUCCGCGCCUG